AAAGCAGUUUAAUAAUGAAUUUUGACCCCCUUAAACUACUUCGGCGAUACAUUUUCAACUUUGACAUUAUUAGGCUGCAAACUUCAUUCAUAAUUUUCGAUGUUCUUCUUUAUUUUAUGCACGGUAUACUCUAUAACCUCUGGUAAUUUAUUGGGAAAAUAGAAGACUGCCCCCUUGUUUGUAUUACGCUUGAAACUUUCUCCUAGUUCUCAGCCCAUCCUAUUGCCUUUAAAAGGCUAAAAAGCUCGUACUAAAUUUGGGCAUGCAGUUGCGUAGGAUUUCAAGGAAUGUCAGCAUCUCUGACGGCAGACUAAUACAGAUGUUACUGGCUUCUGCACUGCGUCGCUGCGACUGCGCUGGCUCUCCUCGCAGACCAAGUCGCCAGGACUUAAUAAAGAAUCACCUGCAGGGCUUCCUUGGCUAACGACUCGGCACUCUUGUUGAUGGAGCUACAGCUGACGUAGCAAUAGAACCUACAACAAAACUUUAAGGGGUCCUAUCUCAGCAGUCCCCAUCUCCUUAUCACCUGGCUUUUUUAAAGGUAGCUAGCAUGUCUAAGGGGAAAAUAAGAGCACUGACCAGGACUGGGCGUCAGGUGAGCGAAGACCCUGAUAUUGACAACCUGUUGUCUGACCUGUCACCAGAAGAUUUGGAGGAACUGCAGAAAGAACUGCCUGACCCUGAUCCUGACCCAUAUGUGCAAAGUGGAAUCAGGAAGAGGACGCCACUGGAGAAACAACCUUCAGUUAAUAACAAUGUGGAGCAUUCUGGGCGUGAAACCAGCAAACUCAGUCAGAGACAGCUGUCAACUGAGGGGGAGCCCAAGAGAGAGAGUCUGAAGCAACAAUACUUAAGGAAGAUGGGACUCAGUCAGGAGAGGAGUUUGUCCAGGUCAGACAGCCAGGGUGAGGAGAUCACCAGGCAAAACAGCAUGUCCGGUGAGCAUGACCAUGUGAGGGAAGAGAAACACAAUACCGGGAACCGAGCCGGGCCUUCCAACCGCUUCCACAGAGAGGAGAGCCGUGAUAUAGAGAGGAAAGAAGGGAGGGAGAUUAAUGAAGAGAGCAGGCUGAGGGAAAAAAGGGAGGACAGCAAAAAUAAGGAAGAAGGCAGCAGCAAGACGAAAGAGCUGAUCUCCAAACUACAGGAGAAGAAAGAAGAUACCAAAGAAAAAGAGAGGAAGGAUGAAAGCCGGAAAGAUGGCAAGACAAAAGAGCUAAUCUCAAAGCUUCAAGAGCGAAGUGAGAAGGUGGAUGUUAAAGAAAUGGAGAAAAAAGAGGAGAUCUGGAAGAAAGAGGAUAGAAAAACAAAAGAUUUAAUAUCUAGGCUGGAAGAAAAGCAAAGCCAGGUGAAAGAAAGCAAAACGGAUGACAGAAAGAGCAGAGGGGAGGAGAAAACACAGCCUGCCAAGCAAAUUCACCGAACAGGAUCUCAGCAAGAGGAAAAGGGUGAAGCGACGGCAGAGACAGAAAAUGCAAAGGAUAGAGACUCUGUAAAGGAGAGGGACUCUGUGAAAGAGAAGGACUCUGUAAAGGAGAGGGACUCUGUGAAAGGGAAGGACUCUGUAAAGGAGAGGGACUCUGUGAAAGAGAAGGACUCUGUAAAGGAGCGAGAGCAGAAGAGUGUUAAAGGGAAAGAAAAUGAGAAGGAGAAUGUAAAAGAAAGGGUAAAGGAAACAGAGAGACAAAAAGCUCACAGUGAAGGUGUGAAGCCCAAAAAGAAGGAGGAGCCUGUAGCUGGGAGAAGCCAAAGCACCAAAACAAAGGAGAAUGAUGAAGAAGAUGAUGAGGAUACAAGUAUGUUUGAUGAGCUGCUGGAGAAGGUCAGCAGCAAUGACCCCCAAAUGACAGAGCUCAAUGUCAACAACUCAGAAGCCAUCAAAACCAAAACCCUCAUUACUUUUGCAGAAGCCCUGCGAGACAAUACACAUAUCAAGAUAUUUGCUCUGGCUAACACCCGGGCAGAUGACCAUGUGGCUUAUGCCAUUGCUGGGAUGCUACGUGCCAAUAAGACAGUCAUCAGCAUCAACUUAGACUCCAACCAUCUCACCAGCAAGGGAAUUGUUGCCCUGAUUCAUGCCUUACAGCACAACUCCACCCUCACUGAACUACGCUUCCAUAACCAACGCCACAUCUGUGGUGGCAAGACUGAGAUGGAGAUGGCUAAGAUACUGAAGGAGAACACGACAUUGCUUAAACUCGGCUACCACUUCGAGCUGGCUGGCCCACGCAUGACUAUGACCAACAUCCUAAGUCGCAACAUGGACCGACAGCGACAACGGAGGUUGCAAGAGCAGAAGCAGGCCCAAGCUAAUGGAGAAAAGAAGGGAACACUUGAAGUGCCCAAGGCAUCCGGGGGCCUCAAGAACUCCCCCAAGGCUUCACCCAAAGUCUCCCCACUGCCCUCACCCCAGCCCUCUCCCAAAGUAACCCCAAAGAAAGCGGGAGGAGCUGCAGCUGUGCCACCUCCACCACCGCCCCCACCACCCCCAGGUCCUCUCCUGGACAUGAACUGCCUACGGAACACCCUGACCCCUGUGUCACAGCGUAAAAUAGGAGAUAAGGGCUCUGACAGGGCCGGGGGCAAGAAUUCAAGGGAUCAACUGCUGGCCUCCAUUAGGAACAGCAACAUUAAACAGCUCAAAAAGGUUGAUGUCCCAAAGCUGCUGCAGUAAGAUUGGGGGAGUGAAAAAAAGACUCGGAGGAAGAGGAGGAAGGAGGAUGGGAAGGAGACGGAGACAGACAUCUCACAGAACCUGAGGAGACCAAAACGGAAUUUAUGAUGAAUGGAUGGAUAUAGUCUCGCCACUGUGGAGCAGGCAGCAGGAGGAACACGAUAUGGAGCUUGGCCUUGGAUGUACAGAUCCUAUCUGUGGUUCCAUACAGUAUGUGGGCGACGGGCGGGAACAUGUGGAAAGUGGUUUCAUGAUGCAGAGGUCUUGCUCAUAUGCUGGGCAUGCGUCAGCACCUUGCCUGUUAAUUGCACUAGAUUUCAAAGCAGGUCAUUAGUUAUAUGGGUAAAUGUGAAUGGUGCUUUAUGUGUGGGGCUAUAAGCAAAAUACAAGCGAUAGGAAUGACAUUGGCAUCCGUGAGUUUGUCAACUUCGACAGCAGUCCUGAAGGAUGAUUCGAUAGCAGCGUUACAAGCAAAUAAGAAUCAUCAUUGUGUACGUAAUUGGAAAAUUCAUGUAGGGGUUUGAUGUCUAUUGAAAUUUACCUUGAAUUAUUAAAAAGGGCUCACUGGGAGGAAUAAAUAGAAACUAGUGCCAAUAUGUUAUUAUCAGAAUCAUAAAGCAACAUCUCAGGCAUUUUUUACACAUCACUCCCCGCCCCCCCCCCCCCCCCCACUUCCAGCUUUUUGGCAACGACUCAGGAUGGAGCUACAGAUUUUCCAGGAAAUAAGUGGAGAAGUGUUUUGUUUUUGAACAUAGCAUAGCCUGCAGUAUGAAUGCUAAUGUGCUAUUGCUUAUGCUCCACAAUAUAUGUCUGUGUCUUCUGUGUGGCAAUUCAUAUUUGCUACUAACAGUUCAGUGGCACUCUUGAACACCACCACUCACAACUAAUGUGAAUGCACAGAUUCCUUCAAGAUGCAAGAAUUUGCUUCAGUUUAGCCAAGCUGCAAUUAUAAACAAAAUAACAUGGUAUUUUACCUUUUUUCUCUUUCUUGUAGCAAGGAAAUGUCUCUAAAUAGCUUGUUUUCAGAAGAGAAUGCUUACAAUGACAAUGCAUAGGUCUGAAAGUACCUUCAAUGGAAAAAAUUAAUUUUUAAGAUCCCUCAAUGGAUUUGUUCUCAGCCUUUUCCAUUUAAAUCUUUAAACACCCAUUUAGCGUUAGACGCUAUGUAUAUUAUAUUCAGUUUUCAAUGGUUUUUAAAAAGCCAUUAAAUUCAGUGAAGCUGUAUCCCUUAUACAAUUUAUGUGCAAAUGCAGACAUUGAUGUUUUGGGCUUUUGGCACAUGUCUAUAUAUUAUAUAGAGUGGUGGUGUAUUGUAAAGUAUUCUCAAGUUAGUAAAACAGUGUUUGUGAUUUUUGGUUUACAGUCAAGCAUUGAUUUAAAGAAAAUUAAAUCUUUCACAUGUAUCACUAUGAAUUCUUUAUGGCUUUCAAAGUAAUAGUGAAUCCUAACCGGUACACUAACAGUUUUUAAUUUUUUUUUAUGUAUCUCUUGUACUAAGUUACUUUAUUAGCAAGUGUAAAUCCGUAAUUUGUAAAGCAAAUUAGCAGAUUUAAAAAAGGCAACCAAAUACGCUAAAAUAUGGACAUUAACAAGCCACAUAUAACAUAUGCAGACGUUUGUUCAGAUGGUAUCCUAUUCAUCUCACAGCCUUUGGACAGUAAGACAAAUUGCGCAAAGUGCUCUUUUGCCAUUUCAUUUAUCAGGAUAGCGCACUGCACAUGGCAGAAAAAUCUGAUGACCGGAAAAAAAAAACACAGAAAUGCCGUCAAUAGAUAUGAAAAGAGAGAUGCACAAAGGUUUACUUUAUUGAUAAAAUACAAAAUUGUUAUGUGUUACUAUGGCUCAGUAGAUUAAAUUAAACAAGAUCUAAAAUAAUUCAGACACUAACUCUUCUCUGAAACAAAUGGGGAAAUCCAGUAAGACUUUCACUGACUAAAGUUCUUAUUCAGGAACCAGAUAAUAAUGUAAUGGUAAGCUUUUUGUACAUGUCAUAAUAAAGCACUUAAGAGUACACGAAGUAGCGCAGUGUUGUUUGGAAACAGUAUCCGAAGAUCUGCUACAUUGUACUAAAUAAAGGUUUUUUUCAUCGAUUGUCAA